CUGUUCAACUGUCACAAGGCUGUUCGCCUAAUGCAUUGGAUUUCUCAAUGUUAGAUGUCGUUAUCGUUACAAACCUCUCAUUGUAAAGAAAAACCUAAGACUACUGCAUUUCUAAAGAUUAGAAUACUGAGUAGUAGGCUGCUAUUGUGAAACCCAACCCUUAUUGACAUAUGAUACGUUUCCAGAGCGCUACGAACGUCACCUUAGUUUUUUUAGUGGAAUUAACGGAUAUGCGUUGAAAUAAUAACUCAAAACAGCACCUUAGCCCUUGUUUGUUACUGAAAUUGAUAUUGAUCGACACAGGGACAAGCUCACAAGCACGGCACACAAAGUGUUUGUCGGUUAUAAAAGGAGUCUAGUUUGUCGAGAGGCUGAACUUCGGAAAACAGCAUCAAACUCGCUAUCCAACCGUGUUGUAAUUACACAGAUACCGGUGAAGUAUCCACAAGACUGACAACCAUGUGUACUUUUGUCAAAUUAAACUUGUUGGUAAUAUUAUCAGGAUGCUUUAACAUAGCAUACGGUUUGAUGGGCUACGAAUGCAUAAAUGGGACUUAUCGAACUCUUAACACCACCAAAGGAAAACCGGAGGUGGAGUUGCAAGUUAUCAACAAGAACAUCUAUGUAGAUGAGAAUGCGUUCUUCACGUGCAAAGUUCGUGCUAAUCCAGCUGCAGAAAUUUUCUGGUUGUACGAAGGACGGUUUAUAACAAGGGAGGAACAACGAAAGAUAUAUUCUUACUCAGACUGUAACACAACACUUACUAUAACGUUCGCAGAGCCGAAAGAUACUGGGCGCUACAGCUGUAUGGCUAGAAAUUCGUAUGGUGAAAUGACAUCAAAUCUAACCAUACUUGCUGUCCAGCAAAAAGAAAAAUUCAAAAAGGUUUACAAGGCUGCUGAGAUUGAGAUGAUCUCUACACAAUCGUGUGCGCCUGAACAUGAAAAUAUGACUUUGAAGUGUAGGCAUAAAAAAAGUCAGGGGAUAUGUCUAUGGGAAAGAAAUAACUCAAGCAUAAAUGAAGAGAAAAUUAGUUAUUGUGAUGAUAGAAUGUGCUGCUUGAAUAUCAAUCGAUUCUCCAAGGAAGACGCUGGCUUAUACACCUGCUUUAUGUAUUAUGACGUCCUCAAAGCUGAUGUUCUCAUUCCUCAGCCAGACGCAGAAAGAUGCAAUAACAUAUACACAAAGGAAAUUCUUGUGGACACUGUUAGAGAGAGAGGAAACAGCACUGGUGAAGGGUCAAAGAAUAAAAGUCUCGUUGGUGUCUGGCUUUACGGAAUGAUUGCGUUGUCAAUGACAGUUCCCUGGCAUGAGCUUUAGAUAUUUUCUUUGCUUUUAGUUUCUGUGUUUUAACCGCAAAAAUACUGUGAAUAAUGCUUCUAGAGAUGCAUGAGUAGUCCACGUGUUGUAAAAUGUAAGAAUAUGUAACGUCGUACAUACUAGAGUAAAACUGUAAAUAUAUAGCGUGAAUAUCCCCAAUUAUGGAGCAGUUGUUUGACCAGGGAGAAGACUGCCUGUAAAAUGAUUUAACGCAACUGAGCAACUGAGCUGAUGAAAUCAAAAUACGUCAUUGCAAAAUUCUAACGACAAUUAACUUGCCAUAAUCUUCAAUAUCUGGCUUUGCGCUUUCCUUUAAUCACCUAAACACCUUAAAAAGGAUCAUUAAUUAUCACGAAUCGUCACUGUUUUAAGAUGAUUUAUGUACAAUACAACUAUUUAUUUAAUUAACAUAUAAUCCUCUCCAAACACUCAAUGAUUGAACUAAAUUUAACUGGAUAGCUCCAGUCCUAAGCUACAGUACACUCUUCUCGAUAAAGAUCUAUUAACUAAAUAUUCGAUUCCAACGUACAUUACCGACCCUAGAUAAACUUUUUAGGUUUGGGAAUUCCAUCUAGAAACAUCAUCAUUGACAACAAGAAACACCUCACUCAAAAGUUAAUCAGGAUCCGUGAUUUAUUAAACACAAUAAAUUCUGUUUAUCAAAAUUCUUGGUGAUUAAAAUGUGUUGAAGGCAUUCAGCAAGACAGGGAAUGAUUUAUUUUUCCUCAAAGACUGAACCAGUUUUUGAAGUCAUAAGCAAACAUUUGGUUUAAAU